UCUGAAUCCACUCUUCAAGCCAACCAUCUGACAGCCUGAAGCCCCUCAAUGGGUUUCCCAUUCUGUAGACAUGGAUCCGUUUUUGCUUAAUACUCUUGAAUUGGCCUAGGUAAGCUUUCUCCAAUUUCUUUGUUUCAAUCAUUACGUAUGCUCGACCUGCGGACAUGACGGGUCGAAAUGACUGUUGAAUCUCCAAUACAGUGGGCUGAUCAUCCGCAUAAUCCUUUCAACUGGCCUAGCUCGAAGAAAUGGAUGUCUAUGGUGACCUCGUGCUGGGUCACCUUCAUUGUCGGGUUGAAUGCCACAUCAGUCACCACUGCGGCGGAGUCAAUAUCCUCGGAGUUCCGCUUGGAAAAUGGCAUAUUUGAGUACAACUUCUUUGCCGUCACAGCUUGGAACGCCGCGGCUGCGUUUGUUCCACUGGUGACUCUCCCUCUUAUGGAGACGUACGGCAUGAAGUUUGGCUUUUGGACCGCGUAUGGCCUCUUUACCAUCUUCUUGAUUCCACAGGCGUUGGCGCAGGAUUUCGCGACACUUGUGGUUUGCCGGGUUUUUGCUGGAGCGUUCGGAGGAACCUUGCAAAAUUGCGCAGAUGGGAUCGCCUCCAACUUGUUUCUGGACUACCGAGAACGAGUGUUCCCAUUAACGUUGUAUACGUUCACCUUGUUGUUUGGGGUGACAAUAGGCCCUGUCUUGGGUGCUGUUGCAGAGCCGUUAGGGUGGCGAUGGGUGUUCUGGAUUGAACUGAUCAUCUACGGUGCAUUCACCCCGGUUGUUCUAUUCUGUAUGAAUGAGACUCGAGGGCCCUUACUUCGUGUGAAAAUCAUUCCCGACGAAACUUCAACAGGUGUGCCUGACAAGACCGAGGCUCUCGCAACGUUCAAAGAAACGAUCGCUCGAUCGGCUAUUCUUCUCACCACCGAGCCGACUAUCACCUCCUUCACCCUAUGGUCCGCGUUUGCCUUCGGCCUGGUUUUCAUUUCCACUCAGUCGAUCCCCAUCGUGUUCAGCGACACUUAUGGUUGGCCAUCGUACACCGAUGGGAUAGUUCAAGCUGCGAUUGGUAUUGGUCAAGUUGUUGGCCUCGUCGCAUGUACCCUUCAGAAUCGUGUCUACAUCAGAAGUGCAUCGUAUAAUCCAGAGAGCCCUGCGAUACCAAUCCCUGAGUAUAUCUUGCAUCUGUCUAUCCCAAGUACGGCCAUUGCGCUUGCUGGUGGCCUCUUCAUGUAUGGCUGGGGCAUUUACCAGCCGCACUGGAUUGUCCCUGCUGUGGCUCUGGGGCUGAUUGGAUACGCGAGCAUGGUGAUUGUUACCGCGGUUAGUGUUUAUAUCACCGACUCUUAUGCGGGCUACGCAGCUAGUGCCAUCGGAGCCGUGGCAUUCGGAGAGAACAUCUUCGCGGCAUUCCUGCCACUAGCUGCUAAGCCGAUGUAUGUUCGACUGGGGUAUCAAUGGGCGAGCAGUUUGCUAGCGUUUGUAGCGUUAGCGUUGACUCUAGCUCCUGUGGUAUUACUAUUGAAGGGAAGAACCAUACGGGCGAAGAGUGUUGCAAUUAAGAAAAUGUCGCAUUCGCACUGUUAGCUAUUACUUCCUAUCUCCCGAGCGAUUCGUCUAAUGUAUACUAAAUUCACACGGCUAUGCCACAGUGCCUGUUCACCGGGCUACUGUCAUUUCAUCCCUUGACACCUCAUGUAGAUAGUCAGAUCUCCAAAAUACUCAUCUGGAUCCUUCAGCUGCACAUGCGAAUAUUGUUUGAUCAUUCUACGUACCCGACCAGAGUCAGGGUCGG